AUGUUGUUUGAUUGGGUGCCUAUUCAAAAUGUGCUACAUUGUAGGUGGCAUUUGAGACCAAGGUUCUUAGGUGGUGUUGGUGAAGGACCAGGAGCCCCGAAGUUAGAAGCCGCCGCUAUUGCUACUGUUGCCGCCACUGCUAAGGCCGCCCCUGCUGUAGCACUUGUCACUACACCUGCCGUGGCCCCUGCUGAAGUUUUGCCAGUAGUUGUGGUCACUAGGAGACUGAUCCACAAGUUUGUAGAACAAUUCCUGAAGUUGAACCUGUCGAGGUUCACUAGUACAGGGGAUCCUGAAGCUACGUUGCUCUGGGUACAAGAUUUGGAUCAGGCAUUUGCACUACUGAUGUGCAACAAGGAAGAAAAGGUAAUACUAGCUGUGUACCAACUUCAAGGUAACGCCAACAUUUGGUGGAGAGCCGCCAAGGAUACUGUGUUCCCGGAAGGUGUGGUCCAAGUGUGGGACACCUUCCUCAGAGCUUUUAAUGAACAGUACUUCUCAGUUACUGCUCGGGAACAAAAGAUAGAGGAAUUCCAACGUCUUCGCCAGGGAAGUAUGACAGUUGACCAAUAUAGGGUCAAGUUUGCAGAACUGUCACAGUAUACUCCGAGAUUGAUAGAAGACCCUGAAGAGAAAGCUCGAUUUGGCAAAUGCAGUGAUCUCCGUCUUCAAAAGGCGAUGGAGAACACAAUGCUUUUGAUUUGA